AUGAAGUGGUACUGUUGUUCUGAAUGGAAAGCCAACGUUGGGUACAGAUCAGGAUUGAUCCUUUGGCACCAUUGUGGCAUUGGACGAAGCGUCAGCAGUCAGGCGCUUGGCGCUUUAGCCAGAUUCGGUCGGGAGGCGGAGAGAGGCGUGCAGGAGAGGCUGACUGCAGCCAUCGAGCUGGGAGCGGUGCAGGGGCUCCGAGACCAGACGGGGGACCCCGCUCAGCGAGCGCGGCUGGUGAGCGAGACCGGGCCGGGGGCGGCAGCCUGGCUGUCGACGGCCCCGCUGUUUCAGGCACUGACGAUUGAGGAUGAGUGCUUCCGGACGGCUUUGCGGAGUUGGCUUGGUUUGCGGCACCCGAUGGUAGCGGGCAUUGCGUUGUGCGAGUGCGGGCAGUCCCUUCAGGGUCCUUUGGGGGGACAGCACCUGUUGCGUUGCGCUCGCGGGAGCGAGCGCAACGACACGCACGACAGCCUCAGGGACACGGUAGCCGGCAUCAUGCGGGAGUCUGGGUAUAGUGUGCGCAUGGAGCAGUACGGGGUGAUGCCCAUUCGUGAGGGAGACGCCGAGGGCCGGCGGAUGGAUUUAGUCGGAGCAGACCCCCGGGGUGGUUCCCGGAUUCUAGCCGACGUGACGGUCGCGGACCCUUUGAGAGACGGGAUGCUUCCGGAGGCCGCGGUUGAGCGCGGGCGGGCAGCACGGGAUGCGGCGCAAGCGAAGACGGUGAAGUACGGCGAUCACCCCGCUGACGACACCUUCAUCCCCCUUGCGGUCGAGACAUACGGGUGUUUGGACUCCUCCUUCGAUGAGUUCCUAGGCACUUGUGCUAGACGUGCAGCAGAGCUUAGGAUGGGUGGCCUAGAUUCGGCACCCAUGGCAUCUAGGUUACUCUGCUACUUCCGUCAGCGAGUUUCGGUUAGCCUCCAGCGUAGCCAGGCCCGGGCAGUUCACCAUAGAGCGGCCCGCGCGAUUGAGAGGUCGGCAUGGCGGUUGGAGGGUGCAAGUCUGUAUCCUGAACAGACAGAUGUUGGGAUAGAAGGAGAUGGUGGACAGAGGGUUCUGAACCCCGUCAGAAUGAUGGGCCCUCUCUCAGAAACUGACGCUAAAAACCAAGGCCGUCAGAGUCAAGGGACCAGGCAAGUCAAGGUUUCACACAGCGUCUUUGUUGAACCGGCGUCCAUUGCAGACCCUUCUCUGCGUGAGAAUGAUGGAGGGGAGGGGUUCAAGGCAGGAUCUCGUGAGCAUCAGGACAGACCUGCGUUCAACAACGUGACCAAUGUUGUCCAAGGCUCCGCGCAUUCGGGGGGCAGUUUGAGAGGGGUUGAACGCACUGUGGCGUCUGGACCUCAGUCAAGAACACAUGCCAAAGGUGGGGUUGGUCCGGGGUUGGAAGGGACGAAAACCCCCAGUCUGUUGUCACUUGGAUCAUCAGAUGGGGGGAUCGGAGAGGGUGGGUUUGUGCCAGGAAGCCCCGUCUCAUCCAGUGAGGCAGUCUGGGGAGGGCUGGAGAGGACAUUGUACAGUGAAGGUCAGCGCGCAGUUUUUGGGGGGUUCCAGGCAGCUGUCUCGGACAAACCCUCGGAGCUCGUCAGCAGUGCACCUUUUGGGGAGGUUGCACCGGCAGACAGGGCAAGGAUUGCCCGCACCGUGAGCGGGUUUCACUGCGAGACGCCCGCGAUCAAACAGACGGUGGGGGCAGAGAGGGAGCUUUUGAGGACCAUGCGCAGCAUCCAGCUGAGCGGGUUUCUGGUGGAUGAUGUAGAGGAGGCGGGGUUUCUCGAUGCUCGCAGGCCGGAGGCGGGGUUGGACGCCUCUCAAACUCUGUCGGAUACUUUCCAAUCGCCGUCAGAUGGUGUAUGGACACCGUCAGACAGCUCUGAGUGCUCAUUAGGGCCAUUGGAUAGCAUCGAAAUGCCGCUGCAGGCUGGGGGCCUACUGCGGAGUACGACCUCAGUGUUUGAAGAGCUGCGCCGCAAUAAUUCGAAGCAGGAUGCUCCUCUCCACAAUUUAGGAAGCUCGCGACUGACAGAGCCGUUCCCAUUCAGCACACCGUCAUAUACUGCCACCACUGAUCAUGGGGCCGUGCUGUCGCCCCCCCCCAAACUGUGCUUAGACCGCAUCAGAAGCCUGCCAAAGGUCACUGUACUCCCCAUCACCGCCAAUUUUGACACCGCUGCUAGUUACAGCCCCCACCCUCCGCUCCUGCGCCGACAGCUGUCCGAGAUCCCCGAGGACCCUGCCAGCUGUCCAAACAGUCCAAAAACCCAUCUCCAUCCGGGCUUACAGCAGCAAACCUCCCCCCUGCGCCGUAGGCACUCCCUGUCCGACACCCCCCGGCCAUCAAACCUACUCAGGAGGUCGUUUAGCGAGGCGCCGACGUUUGCAAGAGAGCUGCUGAGGGCGACCAGUUUGUCAGCGUGUCAGGAGCCGCAUGAGGGGCCGUGCUUCUCGUCACAAAUGAUCGACGCGCUUGUGCUGUCAAGGGCGGUGUAUGAGACCAAGCUGGCGGACAUGUUGUUCUACAUGGAGCUGAGCCGCGCGGAGCUUCCGUGCGGUUCUGUUGAGGUGGUGAAGCACGGGAACAUGGAGAAAGUGCGCGACGGGAAGAAGGUGCGCCGGAGGCUGUCGGCGCAACCGUACGUGAUUGUGAAGAGCAGUCACGGGCACUACUUGGUGGCCUGCCGGGGGACGGACUGCUUCCAGGAUAUGAUCCAGGACUUGCAACUCGUCCACAAGCGCUUUCUCGGACUCGGCGCCGCGCACUGGGGCUUCGUGCAGCGCGCGCACUCGAUCGACAUUCAGCCGAUGCUCGAUCUGCUGGCGGCGGGGGAGCACAUCGUUCUGACGGGCCACUCGAUGGGGGGGGCGGUCGCGGCGCUUCUUACGCUGCGCGUGAUGGAGGCGACGCACGGGGAGGUCCGCUCGCAGCUGCAGUGCAUCACGUUCGGGUGCCCGCUGUUCGCCAACGGCGACCUGGCCGACCACAUUAACACCGAGUACAAGGAGCUGUUUGUGCACAUCCUAUCCAAGCACGACGCUGUCCCGCGCAUGGUUCCGCUUGUCGCUGGCCUCUUCAACCUCGCCAUGGGCUCGACACGUGGCGACCACCCGUUGGACGCGCUCGCGGCCGUCGAUCUCGCCGCGCGCUUCCUCCGUCCCUCUCCCCUCGGGCCCCUCGUCCUUGGCGCAAAAGCUUUGCUCAGCGGCGCGGGGGGUUUGAUUCCGCCCCGUCUCAGGGGGGUGCUGAAGGGGCUCAUCCGGGUGGCGUUUCCCCCCUUCUCCGCAAUUUACGCGGCGGCCGGGCAUAUGGUGGUUUUGGACAGGGACUCCAAGGCGUUUCUCCCCUUCUACAGCGAGCUCAAGUCGAUCAAGUGUCAGCUCGGAUUUGCGCUUGGGAUGACCAACCCGGGUUUGUUGCGGGAGCACGAGAUCAGUUACUACGUAACCCACGUGGGUCAAUCCACGCAGCCGUGGCUUGAGAAGUUUGGGUGCGUCUCAGCGGGGGUGGGAACACGCCCCUCGGCGGGGGUGGGAAUACGCCCCUUGAACCGGGUGGGGUCGAUCGAGGCGUCGGUGGGCAUCGGGAGUGCGGGCGCGCACUCCCCCGGGAUGGGUUUCGGAAUGGGGUUAAGAACCGGGUCACGGAUUCCCGGGUGUGAGUUGGGUCUCGACUUGGACUGCCGGGUUCAGAUGCAACGGCCGAAGCUCAAGCCGAGCAACAGCAGCCUGUGUCUCGAACGGUUGUUUGAUACCGAGGAGGAGCUGGACGGAAUGGUGCAUGCGAUGUCAGACUUUGACGCCCUCCCGGUCAUGACUCCGAGCCCCCGGGUUAAGGUCGUAACCCCAGCGACCCGCCGGAAAAUGCGCCUUCGUGCCACGUGUACGGUCAGCUUCAAGUGCCGGGGGCUGGUCGGGUUGCCGUCGGAAGAUGUGAGCGCGAAACCGCGGAAGAAGCGGGGCAUCAUGCGGUGCUUCGGGUUCCUGCGGCACGUGGGGCGGAUCACGCGCGUGGCAAAGUCGGUGGAGGACGUGUGUCUCGCAUACACGUCGGUUCGGCUGAUCACCUUGGUCGUCACGCAUUUCAUGUGAGGGGGUUGAGCGACAACUGCCCGUUUGUAUAUGAUUAGCGGGGGGCUCUGGCGACACCCCAUUUGAUUCGUAGGUUGCUGGUGCGCAUUGGCGCAGCGAUUGCUAGCCAUUGUAGAAUACUCUCAUUGGAGGGCCUUAUUGCCCGCUUGAUGUAUGGUAGCUUUAGACACGGGGACCUGUAGGUUGUGUUGACGCGGGAGGGUUGCAGCUGCGGGUUGCCCCGGCACGGCUUUGUUCCAUGUAAGAAGAGAGACUGCUUUGUGUGUACAUGUAGUCACCCCCGGAAGGAAAUAUAGCAUUGACGCCCUCCAGAAUUGUGCACCUGUGAAACGAACCGUACAUUAGACUGAGCCUUGAAGUAAAGCUAGUGCCAGUAGUCCCGGAAGGUACGGAGUGAAAACGUAGCCAAAUUUGACUCAUCGUGGCAUUGAAGUGAAUGAAUCUAGUGACCGCUCUUUUGAUGGGCACAUUUUUAAAUCUUGUCCUGGCA